GGUGUGCCUCGUCUGCUGCGAGUCUGCAGAGCAAUUAACCGAGGAGACUCACUGCCCCUAAUUGGUGAUCGUCUUGCUCUGCCGUGCUGCUUAUUAUAGAAGGGAUUGAGAUGGAGUGGCGCCAGCAGACCACUGUCAGCUGUACACAGGCUUUCACUGAGGCUCAACGCUGGAUCGAGGAGGUGACUGGAAAAUCCUUCGGUUGCAAUGACUUCCGCGCUGCCUUGGAAAACGGAGUCCUGCUCUGCGACCUGAUCAACCGGCUGAAACCUGGUAUCAUCAAGAGAGUGAACAGACUUUCUACCCCCAUUGCUGGCCUGGAUAACGUCAGCGUGUUCCUGAAAGGCUGCGAGAAACUAGGACUGAAUGACUCUCAGCUCUUUCACCCAGGCGACCUGCAGGACCUGUCCACUCGUGCUACACUCAGGCGCGAUGAAAGCAGCAGAAGACUUAAAAAUGUGCUGAUUACAAUCUACUGGCUGGGUCGCAAGGCUCAUCUGGACACGUUCUACACCGGUCCGCAGCUUCAUUUCAAAGCUUUUGAGGGGCUGUUAGGGUUGGCUUUGUCAAAGGCUCUGGAGGAUGGCUGUAGUAUGUCGGUGAAAGACGGCGGGUACAGAGAGUGCCCGUGUGCAGAGAGAGACGAGUGUCAACACUUGAGAGUGAGCUAUAAGAGAGAGAACUCUACGGCCAGCCCCGAGUUUCCGGUCUCUCGGACGCUCCGCCCGACCAGUGACGGUUGUGGAAGUGACGCGGAAGCUGAGCAGGUGUUCAAGAUGGAGCGCACGCAGCAAACGGCCCAUCAGAACAACGGCCAGAUCCCAACACCGCUCCCCCAAAGGAAACAGACACGGGAGGAGAGGAAGGGCAGCGCCUGCGCAAGUCCACUUUCCAGAGCAUAUCAAAUCCAGGUCAGGCCCGAGAGGCCGCUUCAGGUCAACCCUGGCUGGAUUUGGAGCAAAUCCCUCGGCGACAUCCCGAUGGUUUACCCUGUGCGUUCAGCCUCGGAUGGAAGCCCAGUUUGUGACUCUGGCCUGGCAAGACAGUGGAGUCAAGAAAACAAAAGGAUGUGCGGCGCUGCCAAGGACAGCGAAGCGCAGUGGCAGGAUGACUUUACAAAGUGGAAGAAUCGUCGCAGGAGCACCAAGGGUGACCUUCGUGUGACGUCCCAGGACAGGGAGCACGUCAUUAACCAGAUGGCGAACGGCGCUGUGACGAGCCUUGAGAAGAAUGAAGCCCAACGUGGAUUGAUGAAGAGAGACCAGCCGUCACCACGGAAGCAUAACGCUGCCUCUCAGCCUCACUCUACCUCCCCUCCAUCGAAAUCCUUGAGUUCUGAUCUGCGGCCACACACUCGCGCUCUGCUGACCCGCAGCUACGCCACCGAGGCACCCUUCAGCCCCUCGGCUCCACUUAGUCACCCUAACUCAGCCCACACUUGGGGAUCAACACUCGGAGCCGUGCCUGCCUCUGAUGGGAGCACCCUGGGAGAGGAGACCCACUUCGCUUCUUUGGCUUCAGAUGGAGCCAGAAUUACAACUCCUUCUCUGGACUGCCGUUUCAGCUCUCAGGACCAAGUCACAGCCCAGGACGGCCCCGCCGCUCCCCAGUCCAAGCCAAGCAAUGUUUUCGUCAGCCAAAUCUCCACUUUUGUGACGAGCUUAAAACCAAAUGAGACCACAAAAACAACCGCUUACAGGAAUUCUACCAUACUGCUGUCAAGUCCUGAGAGGCAGUCGGUGUGCAGAGAUUUAAAAGUGGAAGCUCGUGAUGUGUGUCCCAAUGUUAAUGCUCUGGAGGACUUAUCUCAUCAGAAUCACUCACGGUCCCAAGAAGAAGGCAAGAUUUCAUGCUUUGAUCCAGCAGCAGUGAAGAAUAAAGCCCAGCAAGCUGCAAGCGUCUACAAGUACAUGAACAGAGCUUGUUCGUUUUCGGGCUCAGCCAGCCUUCCCCGCGGUUACCGUCGCUCCGACAGCUCGUCCCGUCUCUCCUCCGCAUUCACGGCGAGACCCUUUGUGACCAAGCAGUCCAAGAUGUCUGCACUACCAGCACUGUGCAGUGUGGAGGAUAAUCAGGGCCUGCUGCUAAACGCUGAAAAAGAAGAUUCCUCUUCCACUAAUUCAACACUCAAGAGACAAACUGCAACUGUCCACCUUAUUAGAAACCAGCAGUCCUCUGUUCGGCAGGGGAGCGGUGCCAGUCUCUCCACCCAGGCCUCCGUUCAGCCUGCUCAACCCCACCUGCUGCCCCAGCCCUAUUCAAACCUGCAGCACCACCGCAACAAAAGCUGGUCGUCUUCUCCGUCGAAUGGAAGCGCCGAUCCUGAAAAGGUGGAUCACAGUGACACGAGAGUCAGCCUCACUCUCAAGCCCAACAGCACUCCAGACUUCGGUUUUCAGACUCACUGGGACGCCUCAGGGGCAAGAGUCAAAUCCAUCACACCUGGCAGUCCCGCGGAGCUCUGCCGGCUGUGUGUGAACGAUGAGAUCGUGGCUGUCGAUGGCGUUCCGGUGGCACACAUGAGCCACAGCCAGUGGACGGAUAAAAUGGCGUCUGUGUUGCGAACUGGCGAGCUGACCAUGGAUGUUAGACGCUAUGGCUACAAGGAUUGGAGCGCCUGCGAGGAGAAUCAUCACAGCCAGCCGGGCCAGAGCCUGAUGGCGCUCAAACUGACUGCAGCUGCCCCCGUUUCGAUCGGACGCCCCGAUCGCUGUGAGGCAGCGCUUGCUGAAGUGUCUAAAAGCAACACACCAACAGACGAGGGUGGGGUCAUGAGUGGAGUGCUUUCUGACAACGCCGGGACAGCCAGAAGUAAAGAGUUUAUUAGUAUCACUCAGAAAAAUCAAAAGCGGAGGGCAGAGUUUUUUGAAGAGAAAGGAGGCUCAGAAUCUGCAAUAUCUGAUCUCCAGGUGCCGUCCCUCAGCCCCUCCUCGUCUGGCUGGUCGUGGGACAGAGAGGAGGAUCGCAGGCGGCAGGAGAAGUGGCAAGAAGAACAGGAGCGCCUCCUGCAGGAGCAAUACCAGCGGGAUCAGGAGAGGCUGGAGGCAGAGUGGCAGAGAGCCCAACAGGAAGCAGUGGAUAUCCCGAAGUCGGGGCCAAGCGCUUUUGAGACAACCACCGAUGACGGGAGACACGUCGGUUCCCAGCUCUGUAUGAACGGACAGUCAAUGAAAACCAGAGAAAAGCAGAGCGCUGACAGAGAGCAGCUCAAAGGAACAAGAGGAGAUUCCCCAAGCACUGCGCAAGUGCUGCAGAGUGACAGCGAUACCCAGAAUGGCUGGGCCGACGCCUCCUGUGGGUUCACUCAGCUGUCCCCUGCCCACAGGGCAAAAUCUUUUUCUACUUCAGUGCUGGCUGAUGCCCACAAGCAGACAAGAGGUGAUCAAAGGAAAAAUAAAGGGCAGCAAAUCUCUCGGGCUGAGCAAGAUAGGCAACAAAUCUUGGAGGAGAUGAAGAAAAGGACUCAGCUGUUGACCGACAGCAGCUGGAUACGUCAGCGCAGCAGCAGCUUCUACAAGGAGCCCGUCUACGCCGGCGUUCCCAUGAAGAGGUAUGAGUCUCUGGAUAACCUGGAUGCUCUGCGCCGCUCCCCAAACUUCGCUGCCUUCAGCUUCUCUCGCCCACACUCGGCUGCCGCUGGUUACUGCGCUCCAAGUAGGAACUCCUAUUCCCGCUACAGCACUGGAGCAAUACUAACUCAGAGAAAUACAUCCACGGAGACCUCUCACCAUGGCAGUGCGGGGGCUGCCAUCGACGUCUCGGAGGAACAGAGAGCCGAGUCCAGGUUCGAGUCACAAACGGGAAGCCCUAUUGUGAUCCCUGCUACUUCCAACUCAAGUCCUCUGGUGCCCUCUGCAUUUGAGCAGCACGAUUGAAGAUUGAAUACAACGAAUCACUACCACCAUCAGUAACGCAGGAAGUGACUGUGGAAAUGUCUUCCACAAAUCCGAUCCACCACGUAUUUCAGUGUUAUUGCUGAAAAAGAAUAUGCGAUGAAAUCUUGACGAUCAGCAGAUCCAUCAGAUUCUCAACAUCUGUUUUUCUCAGAUAGAUGGCACCUAGUUUGUAUCGUCCUUUUUCCUGCUAAGUUAUAUCCAGGAGCACAUAGAUUUGUUGUAUGAAUUAAAGUAACUCUGAGUUGUUUGUUUCAUGCUUUCAUUUUAAAGUUGGCGUUGCUGUCUGUCCUAUUCAUGUGUCCUCUUAAAGCUCUGAUGCCCAUCAGUGCAGUGGAGAUCUGUCUUUGAGAAGCUGUUAACCCUGGUAUGGAGCACAUUUUAUUAUUAACUGAAGCACUUUCUGUCCAUUUAACCUCACCAAGUGCACUAUGGGGGAAUUCACUGGUAUGUCAAAUGCAUCUCUUAACCACAGGAGAAAUGGCAUCUUAACUGAAAUGUCUCUUUUUUUUUUCUUCUUCUUCUUCUUUUUGUAAAUAAAGUGCA